AAGUGGCAGUCUCCCGAUGAGUAGAUGUUAUUGGUUGACGACCACAUCAUCAGAAACAGACGAAAGAUCCCCGAUACACCGAAACGCAGCUACAGUAACCCCUACGAUACUUUCGUCAAGUUGCUGAUCGUGGUUGCAUUGGCUCCAAAAGGAGUUGAAGCUUCUGGAGAAAGGAUAUAUGAUGAGACCAACUAUCAAGGAGGAAAUUUGCCUUAUAAACACACUGCCCGAUGCUAUUCCUGUAUGUCAAAACUGUACGAAGCUGUGUGGCCGUCUCUAUCGCAUAUUUACAAAAGGCCUCGAAACUUCACAGAUGACUGUGACGAUGAGCGAAUUGCGGAGGGCCGAGUUCCCAUUGUGCAUUGCCCGACAAUUUGUGUCUCACUUUUUGAGCAGCCGAAUAUUGCUGGAGUCAGGAUCAAAGGAUACAUACGUGGUUGCAUGAGUGAUGUGCUGAUAAGCGGUUUCAAUCAGACAAUUGUCACAUGGUAUAGAUGGAUGCAUCGAGAUUCUUGUAGACCUUAUAGGAAAAAAGAGUUAUUCAAAUUGGGAGGCGAAUCGGCUGAUGAUUCAACAAUUGAUGUUUGUACGUGUUAUGCAGAUCAUUGUAAUGGAAACUCGGCAGCAUCGUCACUUUCCAUAGUUUCAGCUCUUCUGGUGCUUAUCGCUUAUUUCUUGUGAUUAGGUUGAUCUUCCUUAUAAUUUGAAUCUACUUUUUUGAAAUUCCCGCUGCUCCUUCUCCCACUUCCUUCCCAAUGCUCAUUGUUCUUCAAAUCCCUCCCAUCUUCCCACUUCUUCUCCUGUUUCUACCGGUUUCUAGAGUUUUUCCCUUCUCUUUUUCAAUUUUCAGUCAUAUUCGGGUCAAAAUGGCUGAUAACUACAACUCUUUCAUCUAGUAAAAUGCUUUGUCUUGACAUGGUUUUUGCUCAAUUGUUUUAUUUCAAAUUUCUAUGGAAUUUACUGGAUGAAACGUUUCAACGCUUUAUUGUAAUGGUUUUUUGAUUGAAAACUGAAUAUCAGAUUCUUCUAUACAAAUUAAUUGGGGUCGAUUGCACCUUGAAA